AUGUCCGUCCUCAACACAUCUGAAAUUGAAAUCUCUACUUUCUAUUUGGUCGGGAUCCCAGGGAUGGAGCCUGCUAGCAUUUGGGUCUCCAUCCCCAUAUGUCUCAUGUACAUUGCUGCUAUCCUGGGGAACUGCACCAUCCUUCUUUUAAUAAAAACAGAGCCAUCUUUGCAUGAACCCAUGUAUUAUUUCCUCUCUAUGUUGGCUUUCUCUGACCUAGGUCUCUCUCUCUCCUCUCUCCCUACCAUGCUUAGGGUUUUCUUGUUUAAUGCUCCAGAAAUUUCUCCCAAUGCCUGUUUUGCCCAAGAGUUUUUCAUUCAUGAAUUCUCAGCUAUGGAGUCAUCCGUACUUCUCAUUAUGUCCUUUGAUCGCUUUAUUGCCAUCUGUAACCCCCUGAGAUACAUGGCCAUCCUUAGUAGUGCCAGAGUCAUUCAAAUUGGGCUUGCUUUUUCUCUGAAAAAUGUUUUGUUGAUCUUACCUUUCCCUUUCACUCUAAAGCAUCUAAGAUACUGUAAGAAGAAGCAUCUGUCGCAUUCCUAUUGCCUCCAUCAGGACGUCAUGAAGCUGGCCUGCUCUGAUAACAAGGUUAAUGUCGUCUAUGGCUUAUUUGUGGCUCUCACAGGCAUCCUGGACAUAACCUUUAUUUUCAUGUCCUAUGUGCUGAUUCUGAAGGCAGUGUUAAGCAUAGCAUCACAGAGGGAAAGGCUCAAGGUCCUCAAUACCUGUGUCUCCCACAUCUGUGCUGUGCUCAUCUUCUAUGUGCCCAUUAUCUCUCUAGCUGUCGUCUACCGGUUUGCCAAACACAGUUCUCCAAUAGUUAGGAUCUUUAUGGCUGAUGUUUUCCUGAUGGUGCCUCCAUUGAUGAACCCUAUUGUAUACUGUGUGAAGAGCCAGCAGCUAAGAAGUUUGGUCUUAGGGAAACUGUGCCAGAAGCAAAGCUGA